AAACCACGCUCGUGAAUGGCUUCCACGAAGUUGCGAAUGCAUUUAAAUGUUUUUAAAAAUGCUAAAAGCGAUUCAUGAUAAACCAAAAAUUUUCACGACCGUUCAGCUCCCUUCUGAUGCUCGCAGCACGCUUUAGCCGGUCGAGCGCUUGAAGAAAGAACCAUUUUCUAUUCUCCAUGGGUCAGUUAGCGAUUUCAGCGUGUCCGCGUUGUAAAUCAAAUGUCUUCAUUUGGUGGCUCGCUUUUUUCCUUUAUAUGGCGGUACCGGGAAAGCUUUCUCAAGACCGAGAGAGAGCGCAGAAGUUUUUGGAAAAUCAAACGAAAGAUACUCAGUAAGUACCAAUUAUAACAACGGAUGCCUGAAAUUUUAAAUGCAAACGGCGAUUCUCAAAUCAGUACGAUUUUAUAAUUGGCGCCGGUCACAAGUUAUUUUUAAACGGCUGAAUGAACACAACAAAUUAAAAAACCUUACUUGUUUAAAGGGAUUUGUCGAGACAAUUAUCUUAAUUUUGAUUGUCAUAACAUAUUUAAGAGUACCUCGGGUGCUACACUGCAUCCAGUUUGAAAGACUGAUACUUGUAUGUUCACAGUUUAUGCUUACAGGUUCAGCAGAACUUUUUGUUCUUUAUAAUAUGAUAAUCUAUUUGUCUACGUCAAAAAUUAUAAAUUUGGGAAACGCCAUUCGUCAGCUACAGCACGACGAACAGUCGUCUUCCAAACGAUUCAUACCGAAAGACAUUGAAAAAUGAAUAAAUAAUAUUGUUGAGCCGUGUGUCCUAUCGACGAAAUAAAGUGAAUAGAAAAAGGUUGUUAGAUCUCUAUCGUUAUCAUGACCAUUUUGUCACUAGAACAGCUCAUAUAGAUACCUAUAGUCUUUAUGUAUUAAACGAAACGAGCUCGUUACUUAUGGGACAUUUCAUUUUGAUAGCCAUCUCAAAGAGCACCUAAUGGAAGAAAUGGGACUUGGCGAAGAAGCAGCUGAUAGAAUUCUAAAUGUAAGUGUGGCUUUUACAAAUUGAUCAGUCUUCGACUUUUCUCUCUCUCGUGAUGGGCAUCUGAACAUGUGCCAAGCAAUGGCCUCUUUAUCUCUCAUUAGCAGAGCAUGUGAUACUAUUUAUUAAACUUUCGCCUUAGUUAUUCACUCUUCACAUGCAUUUGUUCGCACAAUUUGAUAAAAAGAUAAAGGGAAAUCCUCUUGAGAACAACAUGUGACCUAUCCUCGAAGGGGUACUCGUCGCCACCACUACAGGGCAUCACGUAAAUAUGAUAUACAUAUGGAUGUAGAUAUGAGGGGAACGAGAGACUCUUGCGAGUGUCCGUUUUCAUAAAGAACUCGCGCGGAAACGCUUUCCACCCAGCCUACGCAUCAUCCUUCUAUGCAGACUAUGAAUGAUAGCAAAAUGCAGACUAACAAACGUCAGGGGUCACUCGGAUCAUUAAUCCUGAUGCGGAACUCCCGAUCACUCUUAGGUUUUGCGUGAAAAAAACACCCACAAAAGCUUUCGGAAACUUGUUAAAGCCAAAGGGUGCGUUCCUUUGGAAUGAUCCUGAUCAUGGUAGAUCAAAUGAACCGGUGAAUCCUUGUUCAGAGUGGAUUCAUCGGUUCAUUUGAUCCACAAUGAUCCCCGUGAUCUGGGAUCACUGAUCCUAAUCCAGAUCAUCUCAAAGGAACGCACCUUAAAUACCGUAAAAUGUAGACCGCUAAUUCAAACAUAAGCGUGACACUUGAUUUUGGCGCCAGACGUUAACGUCUUUGAUAGGUCAUGUAGCUUUGUGUAUCAAACCAAAAAGGUGAACUCAAGUGGUCACAUUCUUUUCUUAUUGCUGGCUUCGAUGUUCGCGCAUCACAGUGGUCAGAGUUUAUAUAUAGCACGAGAAGGCUGAAACCGAAAGAACUUUCACUGAUUGACUUUCCGCGAACGGACAUUUCUCCUUUUUGGUUGACAGAGAACACCAUUAUUGGGCCUAUCUUUGGCCUACCAAACGCUCAGGAAUAACACCACGUCAGUUCACCUUUUAUGUUUGACAAACGACUUAAGUCGUUAACGUAUGGCGGCAAAAUCAACUGUCACGCGUAUCUCUGAAUUCGCAGCCUAUACCUGUUUCUGUAGUUUCGUCAGGUGUGGCGAAAGUAAAACUACUCUGCUUGUUUUUUAUUGGGACCGUUUUUUAUUUGCCUCGCAACGUUUCGAACGCUAGCUGCUGAACUUUAUUUGGCGAUGGGGUUGAUUGGCUGUGUAGGACUACCAGAAGCACCUUGGUUGAUUAGUAUAUUACGAACCUCCCUUAUGUUAGUGGAUUUCGAUCGUGAUCCUAAGCAUUGUUUGUGGUCGUUUUCACACAGGAGACUGAUUAUCCGUCUGAGACUAGUGUGAAAACGGCCAGUGUUGGAACCUACUUGUCCCUGAAAAUUCUUGGUAGGGGUGUGCCGCCCGGUUCUCCAAAUCCUGACCCUAUUUCAAACCCAAACAAAUGUCAUUUUUCACACCCGUUUUCAGACUUGGCCUCUAACAUCCAUGCCCGUUUUCAGAUCUGGUCUCAUUACUUAGAUUAGAACGUCCCCAGUGGUAUUGAGCAUACUGAUCGGCCACUGUGCUGCCUGUUCGUAGGCAUCUUCGCUUCGGGAUUAUUUAUUACGUUUUUCCAUUUUGAUGUUAUUCUUUUCGAGUAGGAAACCAGCAAUGAAGUGCAGUUUUUCUUGAUGCAUGAUUACGACAACAACAGCAAGUUAGACGGACUGGAAAUACUCCAUGGGCUGUUUCAUCACCAUCACUCACACGAAGAAGGUACUAUCUUGGGCCCUAGGGCACCAAACACUCAAGGCGUGGGGGAAUGGUGGGGUAGCAGUAGCAAACAUCGGGGGGGGCAUUUAACAGUCAGGUGACUGCACUCGUCUGGAAGGUAUUGCUUAUUUACACCUGGCAGCAGAUAUCCGGGAGACCUGCUAUUUGAAGGUGACAGGAAAACUCUUCAAGUAAUCGGCUCCUGCUUUGGGAAGGCAAUAAGAUCGCCGGGUGCAGCACCACCAUUCAUUUCCAGAUGGUGGUACGCACGAAGAAACGUAGGGCGCACUAAACGGCUGGUAAUCGAGACAGGUCCUUAGUUAGAAGCCUGUGCAUCAUUAUUUUGGGAAUCUGGUAUAGUCUGGGGGUUGCGAAAUGUUCGGUCUAACAUUUGUCACUUUUAUAAGGCUGCAUUUGCUGUGUGAGAAUAUGACAAAACGAUUUUAAAUUGCAGAAAGACAAUUAAUUUACUCAAGCGUUCAAAGAAUUGACAUCCUUUCAAAGAAUGGACUUUCCAACAUAUCCCCCCUUAAAAAUUGGUAUUGAAAUUAAGAGAAUGUAAAUGAAAAUGGCGUUGUACUGAAUUUAAUCACUGUUUCACGUUAUUAAUUUUUCUUCCCAUCUUAGGUCAAGAAAACUCGUCGAUUCCUGAGAAUGAAUUUGCGUAUUUUGUGGAUACGAUCUUACAGGAUCAGGACUACGAUGACGACGGCUUUAUAGACUACCCCGAAUUUGUGAGGACAUUUAGAAAGCACCGUGAAGGGCCCGAGUAGACAAUACAAGGAACAUGAGUUUCUCCACGGAUUGCUGAGGGUAUUAAAAAAAUGCCGGGUUAUUUAAGAAAAAGGACGCGCAUCCAAGCGUCAAAGUCAUGAAAGAAACAGCGUUCUCUAAGUGCUCUGGAACUGUCUGGAUGUUUUAUCUGGAG